AUGGUAUUAAUAUUCGCACGCGCUUCGUUUCUUGAUAAUGUGUGUUCGGGGUGUAAGGAUAAAGCUUUCUGUAUGAGGGUUCUUGGAUCAGAUCCUCGUUCACCAAAUGCCGGCUACGACGAGUUGGCUGGGAUUGCCAUAGAAUUGGCAUCCGCUAGUGCCACAGCGACGCGACCCAAGAUUUUGUCGCUCUUGCGUUCCGCAAAAGAUCCUCAACUUAUAAGCAAUUUCCAAACGUGUAAUGAAAACUACGGAAAUGCUCUCGAUUCUUUGAGAAGAGCACCGGAAUCUUUGAAGCGUAGAGAUUACGUCGACCUUCAUUUACAAGGAGACACGGUCUUUGAAGAAGUUUAUCAAUGUGAACAUGUCUUCAAAAGUGGAUCCCCGCUAACAAAUGAGAACUAUCGAUUGGAGCAGCUCGGUAUAAUUAUUGGAGUUAUUGCAUCGGAUGCAAAAUGA